AUGCUUGGGAAUAGAACCUACACGGAAGUUGUUGGAUUCUACGAGAUCAUCAGUAGUUUUGUACAGGUACGGAUUUUUUUGAAAUGCGAAUAGUUCUCCGAUGAAAAAUUUUUGCCGCAUGCUAUUUUUUUACUCUCUGACUGCUAGAAAACGACUAAACAGUAUGCGGCAGAGAAAAAUUCGGGCGCGCCUUCAGACGCUCUAGAAGUCUCAAAGUUUUAACUCUGCGACGUCUUUGAGGUCUCACAGUUUUUGAAAGACAGAAGGCGCAGUCUUCUCAACUAAUUUGAAAUCGAACACUUUAUGCUCUUCCAUUUUCACAGAAAUAAGGUCUAUUUUGAUCAAGGCGCUCUCAAAUAUCUCAUAAAACUGUUGUGAACGAAUAAAUCAAUGUACUUUGAUCCGUUGGCAUUGUAAAGAAGAAGAAGAAGAAGACAAAUGAGGGGCGAUUAGAUUGAGAGUUGGCAUGGUGCCCAGGCGGUCGUUGGCCUUUCCGCCCUGGUCACCUCUCGGCUCGCCGUUCGACCACUCACCGUUCUCCUCUAUUUUCCACCUGGACAUCUUCCUCUUUUGUGUCAUCGUUUCUUCUGCAACUCUUUACAGUCGAGAAUUUUUAAAGUUUGUCACCAAACCUUGCUGGAGGAGUUUGAAAGUUAUCAAUUUGUGCUGAAAAGUAGUUGGCGUAUAAUAUAUAAUCUCAAAUAGAAAUGCUGAAGUUUUUUUACCCUCAUUCCAAAAAAAUGUUUUUAAGUUCUACGUGAUUACAAAAAAACUAAUUUUAACCAUUUUUUUAUUGAAUUUUAUUCAUUUUUACAUUUCUAUGUUAUACUCGGCGGCCAAAAAUUUUCUUAUACUAUACUUCUUAAACUAAGUGUAAAACGGGUGUUAGAUGAAGGAUAAAACGCUUACUUGGGAGUCCAGAGUUUCUAUACAUAAUUUUGCAACAAAAAAAUAAUUUAGCCUUGAUUUCGAGGAAAAAUUUGAAGAUCAAGCGGAAAAACUCUGUUUUCAUCUGUUUUGGCUUGAAUUCCGCGAGGAAACCUUGCCGAAUUUCAAAAGAAGGUCUUUAAAAGUUCUUUCACGUCUUUAUUUAUUUUUUUUUCGAAAAAAGAUAAGAUAGAAUCUGUCUCCGCCGAUAAUUUCUCACAUCUAAGGAGCGUGACCACCUAGAUUCUUUCCUGUUUUUUUUUCUUUCGGUCGGCUGUUAUCAUAAGGCGUGUCGAAAGUUGAAUCAAUCCGAUUGCCUUGGAUUUUCUCAGUUCUUUUUCUGUGUUUCAUUCGCGUUUUUUUGAAAAAUUGUUUUCAAUGUGACAUUUUUAUUUGUUCGGACUUUCGCGGCAAAUAAUAUAUAAUUUUUUUUAACUUCUAUAUAAAACUCCCUCUAAAAAAAUACGCUUCCUUAUAACUUCCAGGUUCUUUUCUUUGAACUAUUAUUUUUUUCAUAGCCAAUACUUCCUGACUUGAAAGGCAGAGGAGGCGGAGAAGUGGAUGUGACGCGUAGCGUUCGCGCGCGGUUCUUGGCACGAGUUCAAUUCAAGCGCCACCGACUAUUUAAAAAACUCGUUCACCGCUUUUUUUGUAUCUCUUUUACCAUUUUUUUGAUCAAAAAUGAAAAUAAUCAAUUAAUAAUUUUUGAAAAAAAUGAAUUAACCGAUGAAGGAGCUCUUCAAAUAGUCGCUGACGGUUAAAUUGAACUCGUGCCAAGAACCGCAAACGCACACGCUACGCGUCCCGCCUCCUUCUUUGCCUCCCUUGCCCUUUAAAUAGGGAAAAAUUGACUAUACGCUGGUCAUCUUCAGAAGCAGUUGUGAAAAUCAAUCAAUGAGCAAACAAUGACCGUUAUCAUCAAAACAGAGCGUAUUUUUUUAAGCGAAUUUUUUUUACAAGGUUGAGAAUCGAAAGUAAACGUACUUUUUGAUAGCUUUUUUUUCUUUUUUUUUUCUCAAUCUCGAAAAUAAGUCAGUUUUCCUUAGCUAUGCCAUUUUUAACGCGAAAACGCACCCUUUCAGACGCUGUAAACGGCUGCAAUCUUUGUGCUACUAUUGCAAAGAUGCUGAUAAAGACCCUUACUUGGUUAUAAAAACAAUUCUGAUUAUGCCCUUUUAUUAUUUUUCUUCCUGACCUUUCUCUUUCCCUCACUUACUUUUCUUCUGAAAGUUAAUCGUCGAUUUUUCAUGUAAUAUCAAAAGUACUCUGACUUGUAAUGAAAUGAAGAGAAUACGAUGAAAUAGUGGACUUUGGACUUUUCCAACCUGUUUUCGAAUUUUUUUUUUUGAUAAGGUUCAGGCAGUAGGGUUUUGCAGUCAUUCAAUGAACGAGAAUAGACAACUUUUUCUUUUGAAUCUCUAUAAGAGUUAGUUUCUUAUGUAAAAUUUGUGUUUUUCUUUGCUGAAGGAACAUAUUCUUCAAAUUUUAUAAUCUAAUUCAUUCCACAGACUUUUUUGCUGAACUCAGCUUUUUCUUGAAAAUAUUUUGCCGACGUUGAACAAAUUUCAAUCUAUUCCCUUUUGGGGUUCGUUUUUGCUUACAUGAAAUUUUUUUUUUGAAGAAGAGAUCCUUAAAUUUCAUUAAAAAAGAUGUUUUUGUUUUAAGAUCUUGUGAAAGACAUCAAGUUUUCGUUUAAUUUUCCCAGAAAAGGGACAGUCACCUUCUUAACACACCUCUUCCAGGAAGUGGCUUCGGCUUUUGGCCACCUUUCUCUGCCCUACUAUUCAACAAACGUUUACCUUGUUAAAGAGGGUCAUACCAGUCAGGAAUUUUAGAAAGGUUUUUUUUCUCAGAAAUUACUCAUAAAUUAUGUGGGAACUCAGCUAUUGAAGAGUAAACUUUUCAAAAAGUCAAAGCUUAAAUAAAAAUCCGGAAAAUUGGAUUGCUCGUUUUUUUUUUUCGCUCUCACCUAGUGAGUGAUGGAACUGCACAGCCUUUCGCGGACUGUGAAGCAAUAAUUGAGAAAUCUCUUAUCGCCGAUGUUCCCCUCUAAACAUCGAUGUACGAUCUUCCAUAAAACACGCUGUUUUUUGACCUUUUCGCCGACUGCCGACGGUUUUCGCCAUGAUACAUUCGAUAGAGGCUGUUUGUGCGAAGCUCCUCCGUCGCUAAUUGAUAAAAUCUACUUCCAGCAGCUUCUUUUCGAUGUUUUCAUACUCGUCAACAGUUUUUUUUCGAAUCUGAAACAUUGAAGAUCCCUUUGAAACUACGUCCACUUUGAACAGAAAGAUAAAGUUCUGAAAUUUUUUUUUCUGGAAAAUCGGUUCCUUUGUUGCUUUUUUCUUCUUUUUUUUCUUUCUGCACCUACUAUUACAAUGUUCCACGUUCUCUGUGCAACUCAAAAACUUUGUUUGAUUGUUGGGCGUUUUUGAAAGCAGAUGUUUCCAUCUUAUUCUUUAAUUUAUUGAACGUUUGAACGUUGAAAAACUGAAAAUUUUGUUUCAUUUGCAAAAGUAUUCUUAUUAUGUUCUAUUCCCCUGCGGUGAUGGUCAUCAAUUCGUUUUGAUCUUGGACACUUGAUGUCAUUUUCUUGAAUAAAAUCUCAGCAUAGUGUAGUCAAUUUUUUCGACUUGAAAAGUAAUACGGACAUAUUGAGCAGUGAGACUUGUGGCUUAAAUGCGAGCCGCCUUUUUAUGAAUUUUUUUUUUGAUUUUCUUUUGAUUGUACAUAAGCCGCGUCGCGUACGCCACAAUUCACCCUUGCCAAUCUAUUCAUCUCGCCUUUCAAUGAUUAAUUAAAUGAAAUAUACAGUGAAAAAUUUUAUAGAUGACCUACGACCUGUCGCGGUUGUCGCAAGACUUGCCGACCUCGGAGCGGAGCGUCGAACUCAACGGCAAGUUCGAAGCGUCAGCGCGCAUCCAAUCCAACAGUUCUCAACGUCGUCUGACCCUCAGCCGUUCCUCCAGCAUUGACUCCGUCGCCACUGUAGGGGUUUCUUCUUUUAGCAUGUUCAAAAGUUGCAUGUAAACUGUUUAUGGCAGUUCUUCAGUCCAUCCCGCGCGGCUUGCCUCUCUGUUUCUACAAAAAAAAGACUUUGUACUCAAUUUGACUAAACUUAACAUCGAGAUAUUCGAUAAUUGCAGUCGUUUGUAGACUUUUUUGCAGUUCAGUAAAUUAAAAGUUGGCAAGAGAAGAAAGUUUUCUCCAGUGACCACUUAAAAGCUUGAUUAUUUUCAAAGAAAAAAAUAUGCUUUACUGAAAUAUUCUCUAUGAAGUAGAUUUCCUGAGUAGAAUGUAGUGUACUCCCCGCAAAAAGCUAUCGUAAACUCAGACUCUUUUUUUGCAAUUUUAUCUUGAGACUGCGAAAUACUGCAAAAACCCAGAUUUACAGGAAAAUUUUAAUGGAUUGUAUUUAGUACAAAAAAAUUUAAAGAAAUAGCUUGAAGAUUUAUAUAAUAAAUAGUCUCUCCAAAGUCAUCGAGAGGUCUGUGAAAAAUUACGGGCGUCCAAAUUCGGAGAUUUCAUAGUCUCUGACCUAAGAUCAUUAGAAGGGUUUUACUCUAUUUUUCAAAUCCUCAAUCUAGCGACCGCAAAGCCCCGCCCCUUUUCACGAUGGAAAAAAGGCCAUUUUUUUGGUAUUCCGUCUUUGACUGUUUCGUACAGCCGAUAGAAACAAUGAAAAAUGAUAAAAAUUUCAGUAUACAGUUAGCAAAGGUUCCUCUUUCCGUUGAAAAUAUUUUUAGGUGCUUUCCAUGUGUUUCAACAGAGUUUCGUACGGAAUAGUGAUGCGAGUUCGAAAAAUAUACUUAGUUUUGCAUUCAUGUAGGUCGCGGACAAAGUUGAUUUUUUGAAAACUACUUAUAAACAGUAAAUGAAAUUUUUUAAGCCAAAAAAAUUAAAAUUCUAUGAUCGCCGAAAAAAUUGAGAGGCGCGCAAAGUCAAAAAUUGUUUUCUCAAUUGCAAUGCAGUAUUAGAAGGUUUUUAUGAUUUUUUCAUAUUGAGAAAAACAUUGCUCAAAUAAUACUUAUUGACAACUACAAGCAAAUGCACUGUUUUCAGUGGUAAAAAAGCUGGAGAAUUUUUUGCGAGUUGUAUUGAAUCAUUUCCCGGUCGAAGACACGGGUUUUUUCUUACUCAUUUAUAGGAGCUUUUAAUUUUUAAACAAAUAAAGAAAUAAAAUCGAAAAUUCUAGUUCGCCGAAAAAUUUCUUUCAACAAAAAGGUGAAUGAAAGUGGGCGAAAUUACAUUUUCAUGAGACUCAAAGAGCACUGUAAGCUGUCUUUGUGCAGUCACUGAGACGAAAGUGAUGGCAAAGUGGAAUUACAGCUCGUAAAACCUUCUCUUUUGGCUCCUGAAACCGUGCCACCCUUGCAAAUAAGAGUGCGCGCAGAUUGCAUGAGAAUUCGCAAAACCAAAUUUUCAGUGCAAAAUUUUGCUUUCCGAUUACUUUUAAAUAUUGUUUUCUCCUCUUAUUGUUAAUAUUUUUCGUUUUUCUUUUCUGUUUUCGCAUACUACAUGUUAAAAUCAUUUUUUUUAUAACAAAAACGAGAAGCUAGCUUGAGUUCGAAAAAUAGGUCUGUGGUCCCUACCUCAAUCUUCAAGGACCCUUUCUAAACUUGUUUUCCAUUUCUUUGCGCCUCGCCAGUACGUUCGACCUGCAACAGAGAGAAGUAAGAAGAUCAAUAAAUGAAAGGAAAACCUCCGCUGAACGCUGUUUACCACCAUCAAUGCUUGUUGAUCAUCUCGAGGGCCGUCGUUUUUCGAUCUUUUGCCCCAUGAUGCAAAAUGAAUACGUUUUAACGACUUUUCACUGUUUUGAGAGAGCUAGUCUGUGAGAAUCUGUCCGGAAAGAUGAGGUCAUGACGUGUUGCAAUCAUGAAUUUGAUGAAAAGAAUAUUCGAAAUUGAUUUUAACGGAAUUUUCAAUCAAGGCCAGCAAACCUUGAAUUCGAAAAAGUUCUUAUUUUGCUUUCAACAUAAUUUUAUUUCUUAAAAAAAACUUAUUUUACCCAAAAACCUAGAAUCACCAUUUGAACUUAUAUAAUUUAUAGCCCAUUCUACGCCAGCUUCCCCUAUUUUUUUUUUUUAUCAAAAAGGAACAAAUUUGACUGAGUUUGACCGAACUUUGCCUCCAGACUUUCGUUUUUUUCAGUCUUUUUGAAAUUUUUCUGCAAUUCUGUAGAGCAGAAGUACAAAAAUUUAUAUUCACGGUAGUUUUUUUUUCUGCUGCGCCUUACAAAAUUAACCGUCUCGCGCGGAACACACUAUAGCCUGGUUACGGCCUUUUCAAUUUUUUUUUUUUCCAAUCAGCAAUGUAUCACAGUUCAUUUCUCACUCGUAUUAAUGAUUGAUCGUCGAGAGUUUUCAACAAGAAUGUCUUCUUUUUUUUUUUUGAAAAAUGACGUUUUGCCGUUGUCUACAAAGCAUAUUUCCGCCCCACGUGUGUAUGUAUGUACAAACAGCCCAAAAUCACCUGAGUUUCCACGCUUUUCGUUGUGAAACGUCAUUCUUUGUGAUAUUUCUGUCAAGUUUUUGGUUUUUUUCAUAUAGUGUUUCUUACCAAUUUUCGAGGGCUAAAAGUCGCCGAAACUUUCCUCAAGUUUUCCUGUACGUCUUCAAGACGAGCUAUUUUAGUUUAACGGGCGAGGGAUAGUUUCAUUAUUUCAAAAUUAUAAAAAAUGAGAAGAAACUUUGUGAAAUCGAGAUUUUUCGUAGACGUUUCGUUUUCAACUCUCACCAUUUCUUUAAGGAUGUACACCUCCCCGACUGCUUCUCGUCGGACGAGCUUGACAAGCUCAGUAGCUGCCUCAGUGAGGUUAGUCCCCCUUUCCUUUCAAAAAGAAGAACCUAAUUUUUAUAAACCAGAGGCGGAGGAUUGGGAAGGCAGCCCUUGGCUUGGCGGCCAAGCCAAGCCAUUCAGCCAAAAGAUAGAAAUGAGCCAUUAAUUCACGUGGUCUUUUGCAACUAGGUCAAGUACGUGGCGAUAACGCCCUGAAUUAAUCAUUAUCAAUUUUGUAAAUUUUGAAUCGUUUUUUUUUUCGCAACUCCGUUUCAACGUUUUUAACCUACUGUAACAGAAUUUCAGCAGGAAUUUUCACUGAAACUGGUCAGUAGGCUGUAUUUUCAAUCUUACUAGAGAACUACUCGGACCAAAAAAUUUUGAGAUGUCAUGAAAUUGAUGCAAAAAGUAUUUCUUUUGAUAUAUUUGGUUUCCAAAAAAGUCACAUGACAGAAAAAUCCUACUACACCAGGCCACCUCGUUAAAAGGGGAAGGCGUACAGGUCUAUUCCUGGAUUUUGCGGUGGUAUGAAAAAAAGCCAGCAUAUUUUCGAACGGCGACUUUUCCGAUUAUUAUUUCAAAUCGCUAACAAGGGAAGUGUUUUUGGUGGUCGGUUGAACUUUUGUUGAAACUUUGCUGGAAGGUACUAUAAGACCUUCUCUUUCCAGAACACAAAUAAAAUUUCUCGCAAUAGAUCUCGUUUUCGAGUUAUGAAGCUUCAAAGUUUGCACGCUGAAUGAGUGCUGCAAGGCAAGAGGGAAUGUGGCUCGCGUACGAUCCCUCCACUCCAGUUGGCAGCGUGGUGUAGUGGCUAGCGUCCUUGCACUGCGGUGUCUAUGACCUAGGUUCGAAACUUUUUGAAGAAUUUCGUUUUUGCCAAAACUUUCCUAGGAGGAAUUUAUCGACAUUGGGGAAAUGGACCAAAACUUUUUGUCCAAAAUAACAUAGCUUCUCAUUUCACUCGAUUUACCAAGAAUUUUGACAAACAUUUUCCUUCGGCGGCUCAUAGGCAUGAUCAAUGGAUCGCUUUCUGUUUUUCAAGAAUCUGGAGGAGACUUACUCAUCUUUCUGUGGCGUAAGUUUUUAUUUGAUUCCUUUCAAAUUAUCAACUGGACUGAAACGCUGAUUAAAAGGCACGUAGAACUUUUUCCCCCAAAAAAAGGACUAUUAAUAAUUUUUAUAAGCGGAAAAAAUAUUUUAAUCGGUAUACCGAAUCAAAAUGAGAAACUAUAUUAUUUUGGAAAGAAAUGUUUGGUCCAUUUCCCAAAUGUCGAUAAAUUCCUCCUAGGAAAGUUUUGGCAAAAACGAAAUUCUUCAAAAAGUUUCGAACCUAGGUCAUAGACACCGCAGUGCAAGGACGCUAGCCACUACACCACGCUGCCAACUGGAGUGGAGGGAUCGUACGCGAGGCACAUUCCCUCUUGCCUUGCAGCACUCAUUCAGCGUGCAAACUUUGAAGCUUCAUUUCGGUUUAUAAAACAUCUAUUAACUUUUUUUUUUUUGUGUUUUAAUCAUGAAUAAACUACCUACUUUAUAUAAGUAGAUUCAAAACAAAGAGUUUAUCUAGAAAAAGAAGUCGCAAAAAGAUUAGUCGGAAACUUCUCUGCCGGAAACUUCCCAAAAAAUAAAAAAAACGUUAUGUUCGAAUUUUUUUAACAAUUAAAAAAUCUGAAUCCUUUGUGUACACAGGUUUCAUACAUCGCUCAAAACAAGCGCUUCUAGAUGCUAGGGCGAUUUAGCCUUACAAAUGACCGUCGCGCCACGCUGACUUUUGAAAAAGUCAUUUCUGCCUUUUGGGCGUUUAUGGCUUGGCAGGCAGGGCGGCCAGUGGGCAGCCAUCCUCCACCUCUGUUAUAAACCAAGGCUUUUUAAGCUAUAAAAUCGCAUUCCGAUUGUAAAAUUUCGAUUUUAGCGAUGCGGCCAAAUCAUGUGUUUUUCCAUCUCUUUUUCUGUUUUUUUUUUCGAAAUCUUUAUGACUUUCAAAUAAUUACUUGAAGUCAUUCAACUACGCUAGACAUAAAUUCAAAACGCGAACCGCUAGUCUAUAAUCACAAAGUUCUUUCGUUCAACAGCUAUUUCAAUAUUUAUUUGACUGCCAAAAAAUCUUUUUCGAUAUUCAAUAAUGGAAAAAUAAAAAACAAGUAGACCCUAGAUCGUUUUAUCAGUAAGGCAUGCAGGCAACGUGAAAAAUCGCCACGUUUCACGUGAAAUUGCCGGCUACACCCUGUGGCGGUCAAAGUACAGCGUCUCUUCUUCCUCUACGUGCGAUUUUGCGGCUUUCUCUUUUGUUUGCCUGAAAAGCUGCUUCGAAUUGUGCUUUUUGUCUGUUCUUUGUGCUAUUUUUCAUGUGAAUCUGUAGUUUUCUUCAAAAAAGAACUUCAGCCGUUGAAUGAUUUCGAAAGAAAAUUGUGUAAAAACCUUUUAUUUGUCUAGCUAAUCGAUAGUAUUUUCGGUUUGGGCUGAAGUUUCACGAAAAUUGCCACGUUUGCUCAAUAUUUUCGAAAAUUGAUGAGUGUCAGCAAAUGAUAAGACAAGUUUUGGAUUUUGCUCCAAAUGACCAAUUUCAUGAUAACAACGGCUCUUUUGAAUUUUAUCAUACAGUCUCUCACGCGUGGACGUUUUAAACUUUCUGUAUAUAGGUCAUAUUUCAUUAAAAAAAAAUGCUGUGUCAACCGUUUGAACACGUUUGUCUAUAUUUCUUCACACCAAACGCCCGAUAUUUAAGGCGAACUGUAAUGAAUUCCAACAUGGACCUUCCCGGCCUUAUGUAUGGCAUCGCUCAAUUUUGGCUCGGAUUUUUACUGGUGAAUUUUUCCUCUCAACAAAAUGCGAUUUGAUAGCUUUAAAAGCUGGAAAUUUAAAGAAAAAAUGAAUAAAUUGAGACGUUAUCAAGUUUAGAACACCCAAAUGACUCCGUCGUGCACGCAUUUACAUUUUUUAACAAUGGAACUCUAUGGAAACUGUAAUAGGCUAAAAAUAGAUAAAGGUUGAUAUAAGCAUGAUGUUCUAACAGAAACCGAGACGUUAUCAAAGUUCAAGCUGCGGGGAAAAAAAAUUGCGAAAAGCACCGUCAUGAGUCGUUUGGGGCUUCUAAUUCUUAUAACAUCUAAAAAGGUGGCUUGACGACGAGACGUUGAUGUGGACGAGUUCCAGAGAUGGAGGAAUAUUUGAUGAGGAAGCAGAGCUGAAAUGGGAGGCGCGCGACGACGGCGACGAUGCUGAAGACGUUGACGACGUCGCCAGCUUCCGGAAGGCUUCGCUGGCCUACUCGAUCGCGUCGUCGUCGUCGUCGUCGUCUAGCUUUUGGCGCAACCACCGCCGCCUCAGCGUCUCGUCGUCUUCGUCGUUUAUCGACGGCGGCCAACUUGUCGAAGACGUGGACCCUGCUGACGUGGAGCUCGUUCAGGUGUCGUCGGAAGGUGGCGCCGAGAAGUCGACCUCCGUCCUCUACGACAUCGUCCAGGCUCAACUAGCUCUCUGGACGUGCGCUUUCUCACUUCUGUACUCGUACGCCUGGAUGCAGCAUCGCAAGAAGUUUCUUCUUAGCAUCGUGAGUUUUUUUUUUCUUCAACAGGUUCCAUUCAAGACAUAAAAAUUUGACCUUUCUGAAAUUUAUCAAUCAGUUUUUCUUAGAACUGUACGUUUACAGGCUGCACUGCUUGUGGCAGAAAUCAAAGUUAUAUUUCUCAUUUACUUUUUUAAAUUUUUGAAUAGUAUCUCAUUCUUUUUUUAGGUUUUUCAUGAACAGUGGGUUUACAGAGGGAUUUUAAGAUCCAGUAGAAGUUUUUGCGCCUUACUUGAAAUUAGAAUUUAUUUAGUUCAUCGUGGUCCCGACGACGUUUUUCCUGACUUGCGCGAUGUCCUCGCUUCUGACAACGAUCGUCGUCAUCGGCCGACUCUUCUCGGCGCCCGUCAACUACGAGCAGUACCUGAGGCCGCGCCUUGGCAACGCCGGCAGCAUCGAUUACGAUGGUAUCUUUUUUCGAAUUUAAAAGCUUACUUUGAGUGAUGUGUCAAUAUUUUUUCCAAACAAUUUUAUUGCUUAGUCCUUUUCGAACGUGCUGAGAUAUCACGUAAAGGUUUAUCAAACCUUGAAUUAUGCAUGCGAUCCACAUAUCAUCUCGAAUGGAAAAUAUAUAGAUUUCUUCAAGGGCCUCAAAAUUUUUCUCAACGCUACUUUAUAAAUGGACUAGUUCCUGACCGUGGUCCUGAAGAAACUUUCUUUCGUCAUUUUCAUUUGAGUCGCAUCGAUUAAGCAUUGAUGGGCUCUAAUUUAGUAAGAGAUGCAGAUAAGUGGGAGAUAGUAACGAAUAAAAGAGAGAGAGACUUGAUCACGUAUGCUGGUGGUCAAUCAGUUUCCUAUUUGGAAGGCUGCAUUUAGAGAUAAUUUUGGGCAAAAAAAAUUGCCUCAUACUUUUUACCGCUAUAGUUUGGCCAUUGUCGAAAAAUCUAUAGGAAAACAAAGAUCUAGAGAAAGCUGCCGACGAGAAAACCCGACCGCGAAGUUGAAAUGAGUGAAAGUGGAGAAAAUGAUUGAAGCAAUCAAAAAUUUAGAAAAAGUAGCUCUUUUGACUCGUUUGGCGUGGCUUGAAAGUCAUAAGCCAGAAGCCCUACCAGCUCUGCUCAUAAGGGUUCAAUAUGCGCUGAGACUGGGUGUUAGCACGGCUGGUUCAACCUCAUCAGCAAGGGAGUUCAUCAGAAGUUUCAGACCGCGACUACGGUGGCGGAAUCCGACAACGAAGCUACUCUGGCGCCUCGUCGGUAUCGUGUGACGACGGCCUUCCGAAGCCUCUGUGCCGUCGUCACAGCGGUUCGCACACAUCCCUUUGCAGCCGACCGCCGUCGGUGAACCGCAAACUUUCUUACGCUUACUCUCACUAUAACGCCAACAGUGGAGACAUUAGUGACUGA